AGCUGCAUGGUCGGGGUUGCUUCAUACAUGAAGCUUCUGUACAAUGACCGGUCUAACUGACAUCUUGCUGCUAUUCUGGUGAAGGAUGCAACACAGCAAAGGGCUUUUUAAACACUCAAAUGAACUGAAAGCUGACAGCCAAAUAACCUGGGAAGUGGUGACUGGAUAAAGAAGGUGACUGCGAACAGUCAUGGGAUGUGGCGUCACAAAGUCUAACCAUCUCCACAAACACACCACAUCCAGUGGAAGAGCUGUUACAACCAUAAGAGCUGCCAUCCUGAUUCAGCGAUGGUACCGUCAGUACGUCGCCCGCACAGAGAUGAGGCGGAGAUACACCUGGAACAUCUUCCAGUCCAUCGAAUACUCCGGAGAGCAGGCCCAGAUCAAGCUUUAUAAUUUCCUUGGCUACCUCAUGGACAAUUUCACACCAUCGAGCAAUGAACGAAAUUUGAUCUCGCACAUCUUCAGAGAGAACGAGGUCUGCCGGGACGCAGAGUGGGAGAGGUACUUCUGCUACAAGAACAUCGAGGUGCCGGAGAUUUACUCGGGACCUCAUCUCACCUUUCCUCUGACGGUAGAGGAAGCAGUCGGUCUGGUGGAGGCUUUCAGGAAUAAGAAACAGCUGCACUCACGCUACGUCCUUCAGCUCCUCUUGGAGACGUGGAAACUGCUCCGCAUGUUUCCAAAUAUCAACCGUAUCUCCACCUGCCACAGCAAAGAAAUCACGAUUUGUGGUGAUUUGCACGGACAGCUGGAAGACCUGCUGCUGAUUUUCUAUAAGAACGGCAUGCCGUCCUUGGAGAAGCCCUAUGUGUUUAAUGGAGACUUUGUGGACAGAGGCAGGGACUCUAUUGAGAUCCUCCUCAUCUUGUUUGCAUUCCUGCUCGUUUACCCAAGUAAUGUCUACCUGAACAGAGGAAACCACGAGGACCACAUAGUCAACCUCAGGUACGGGUUCACCAAGGAGGUGUUGAAUAAGUACAAGAUGCACGGGAAGAGGAUCCUGAAGCUGCUGCAGAAGAUUUUCAGCUGGUUGCCAUUAGCAACAGUGAUCGACCAGAAGGUGCUGGUCCUCCACGGGGGGAUCUCUGACUCCACGGACCUCGGCGUCCUCGCCAGAGUUGACAGACACAUUUACAUCUCGGCUCUGAGACCUCCGAAGAAGAGACACCACAGCUUGGCGGGAAUAUCCAUCGACUCGGACGCAGAUGUGGACACCGCAGCCAUCAGCAGGGUCUUCCAGCGCCGGGCCUCUUUCACGUAUCCCAAACCCAUGGGAACCCGAUAUUGCUUCCAAAAUCGUUCGCUGCAGGACUUCUCGGAUCGGAUCAGAGUGAACAUGGAGAACCAGCUGGAGCUCAGCAGGAGGGAAGAGCCAACUCUGAACGCCCAGAUCAACAAACCGGAGCAAGAAUCUCUGUGUUUGUCCACCGACUCUGUCAGCAGUGACAACACCGUGGAUGAGUGGAAACAGAUCCUGGACCUGCUGUGGAGUGACCCGAUGACUCAGGAUGGAUGCAUACCCAACGAGGUGAGGGGCGGAGGCUGCUACUGGGGCCCUGAUGUCACCGAGGACUUCCUGAACAGACACAAUCUGCAGCUCAUCAUUCGCUCCCAUGAGUGCAAACAGGAGGGCUAUGAGUUCUGCCACAACCGUAAGGUCCUCACUCUGUUCUCUGCCUCCAAUUACUAUGACGUGGGGAGCAAUAGGGGGGCUUACGUGAAGCUGGGCCCUGACCUUGUGCCUUAUUUGAUUCAAUAUCAGGCCAGCAGCAUGACGAGAGAGCUCACCGUGAGACAGAGUGUUGGGCGAACCGAGCGCUCAGCUCUCAGAGUCCUGAGGGAGCAGCUGUUUGCGCACAAGUCUGACCUCCUCUGUGCCUUCAGAAAGUUUGACAGCGAGAACAAAGGUCUGCUGUCUCUGAACGACUGGGCCUCUGCAGUGGAGAGUGUGAUGCAUCUGGAUCUGCCCUGGAGGAUGCUUCGCUCUCAGCUGGUCACCUGCAAGAACAGCGAAGGCACGAUAGACUACUACGAGUGGUUCAACGAGCUUGCCAUCACAGGAUCCAAAACAGAUCAUAUUGACCAGAGUCUGCUGGAAACGUUGUAUCGCCACCGCUCCACUUUGGAGACAAUCUUCAGGAUUGUAGACACGGACAACUCAGGGUUCAUCAGCAUGCAGGACUUCCGUCAGACCUGGAAGCUGCUGAGCGUCUACCUGAAAAUGGAGAUCACCGACGAGGCCAUCUCCGACCUGGCCAUCACAAUUGACAGCAACCAUGACGGCAGCAUAGACAUUGACGAGUUCAUGGAGGCCUUUCGGCUCACGGACAAGAAGAGCCGGCUGGAACGAGGACGCAGCAUGUUCAUGGGCACGGCCUCCGACCUCACCAAGCUGGAGGGAGAUCCCAACAUUUGAUGAAAAAGCGUGUUAAACAGAUAGCUCGGCGUCCAGCAGAGGGGAGGAGAGGGAGCUGCAGCCAACGCAAGCUGCUUUUAAUGACGCACAUAAAGAUGCAGGAUGAUGCUGAGCAACAGCCGCCUGGAUCACAGGGGAUUAGGAGGAGGUUAGAGGUCAGGGUGUUUGACGGCGAAUGCUCAUUCGAAGCGGAGGAAGUCUGGGCAAAACGCAGCAGCUUGAGCAACUCACGUCUCCUUUAUAUUCCUAAAAUAGUCCAAAACUGAAAAACAAAAGGCAUCUUAUAGAAAAUAACAAUUUAAUUAAAUGCAAAAAUGGGUGAUUUUUGCAUUUAAUAUUCACUGAAUUUACGUUUAACAGCUUCAAAUGUGACUCAUGUCAACAUAAAAAGAUUCUCACACUCCAGAUGUGUUAAAAUGGACAUGUAAUGAUCCUACUCGUGUGAUGAUUAACAGUUAAAACUGAGUAAAAGAUGGGAAGGAGCACAGAAAUAAGAAUCCUUCAAAUAUAUGAAGAAAUGUGUUAAAUAUAUAAAAAGUGCUUGCCAAAGGUUUUUGGGAGGUAGCUUAUUGAAAUAAUUUUUCACAUCAUCUACAUUUUUUUUUUUUAUGAAUUUGUUGUAUGUAGUGAAGAGGUAUUUCAAGAAAAGGAGGAAGAUAGGGUAACACAUCAUAUGGAUGGAUGUUAUCUCAUGGUGGUGCCAGCUGAGAACGAGACAGGGUCUGGAUGGUGGGGAACAGUUACCAGAUGAUUGGGAAAGAACAGACUCGCUAAAGGAGUCUCGGAGAGUAAGAAGAGGAUGGAGGGAAUGGAGAUCAAGUGUACCGGUACAAGUUAUUAAAGAACAGGGGAGCUGCAGUAACCACAGUGGGAUAAGGUUAUUGGAGACCAUGAAGA